AUAGCCCUGUCUCGUUUUCAUGGGCACCGUCUGACAUUCCUCCUGUUUAUGGGCUUGCAGGGGGAGAGGAUCCAGCGGCAGAGAGGGGAGAGAGAGAACGCGAGGAAGUCUCCCUCAGUCAUCAAGCCGGAGUGAGAGAGAGGGAGGGGGGAGAGAGAGAGAGAGAGAGAGAGAGAGAGAGAGAGAGAGAGACAUACAGCCACGAACGAUGAGACCUAGAAAACCUGAAGCCAACCCAAGGCUCUCAAGCUAAAUGAGAACAGAGAUCCUGCCCAGCAUUUUUUCAGUCAUGCUUGGACUUAGAAUUCAGCUCCUGCUCUGCUGCAUGCUGUCCCAAUUCUGGGCCAUGGACAGCUUCCUCUCCACUCCGGCAGUUUACAGAACUCCGGAGCACAAGACAAAAUUCAACCUUUGCUGUCUGCUGACUCCGCCCCCUCCCCCAAUGUUCCCACCUCCGUCUGCGCUAUGGGAACAGUACAGUCCUAUUAAGCCCUCUCAGACAGAGGAAGGAAGCCAAGCUGAAUCAGAGUCUGAGAAGCACAAGCCUGAUGUCUGCGUCCUCGGCCCCCCUGGCCCUCCUGGCCCCUCAGGACCAGCAGGUCCUCAGGGUCCAAGCGGAAUUCCCGGAGUGAAAGGACCAAAGGGGGAGAAAGGCGAAAUUGGAAGACCAGGAAAGAAGGGUCACACUGGGCCACCCGGUCUGCCGGGGCUACAGGGACCACCAGGUUGGCCAGGACCAUAUGGGCCCAAAGGGGAGAAGGGAGAUCCUGGGCUGAUGGGAAUGCCUGGUGCAAGAGGACCAGUGGGACAGAAGGGGUUGCCUGGAUACAAAGGGGAGAAGGGUUCUCGAGGCGAACGGGGGGAACCUGGCCCGAAGGGUUUUAAGGGUGCGAUGGGUUUCCCAGGGAUGCUGGGGCAGAAGGGUGAAAUGGGUCCAAAGGGAGAGUCUGGAGAGACGGGAAACAGAGGACCGACCGGUCGACCAGGCAAGAGAGGCAAACAGGGGACGAAGGGAGACCCUGGAGUAGCUGGCCCCAUGGGUCCCAUCGGCCACCCUGGCCCCUCCGGACCCCCCGGCCCCCCAGGCCUGCCAGCCUCGGGAGUUUUUGUGGUUGGACAGAAGGGAGAGAAGGGAUUUCCUGGCUCUCCUGGUCGAUGCAACUGCAACACCCCCAUGAGCGUAAACAGUCCCCCCCAUGACGAACACUCCCAUAUGGGUAAUUAUGACAAAGUACCCAUGAUAUUUGUGGUCAAUAAUGAAGAAGAGCUGUACCACCUAGACACGAAAAAUGCAAUUGCAUUUCGAAAAGAUCAGAGAUCUCUUUAUUUUAAAGAUGUUGGAGGAUGGAAACCAAUUCAGCUCAGCCCAUUCCAAUCCAUGGACCACACCCCAGAUGUGGAGGGGGUCUGCGGUGACAGACUAGUACAGACCCACAACGGAGAGGAAUGCGACGACGGCAACAAGGUGGUCACUGACGGCUGCGUCAGGUGCAAAUUAGCAUACUGUGGAGAUGGAUAUCGCCAUGAAGGAGUCGAAGAGUGUGAUGGGAAGGACUUCGGCUAUCAAACGUGCAAAGUAUAUCUUCCUGGGUCAUAUGGACAGCUCAGGUGCACUGAGAAGUGCUUCAUCGACUCUACAAACUGCAAGUAUUUCACAUGAGAGAGAGACCAGGGACGUUGCAGGACCCACCCUGCUGUCCCAGGAUGGAAAGGUGACUUAGGUGAAAAGACCAAGCUGCUAGGAAUAAGACAACAUGAUCAUCUAAGACAAACCACAAGCAUGACUCGUCUACUACACUGUUUCUAUAAAGGCACAUAGUUGGCGGAGAAGCUCUUCAACGCAGGAAACGUAUCAUCAGAAAGGAUACAGGACCACUGCAUUCUGUCUUAAUGGCUGAGCCAGCAGUGCCCUGUGGAGCUGAGCUGUAGACCUACGAUUAGGCUCCUCCCCAGGGGACGAAGCCCCUUUUGGCUACAGGAGAUUUAUAUUACCAAAUUACCGCUUUUUCAGGUUUCGUGGGAGUGAUUCUUCCAACUGGUCUUGACCAAGGUGCUGUGCAUAUUUUCAGUAAUAAAACGCUGUACUAUUUGCAUGAGGAUCAUAAGGCAGAAGUUAAUGCCAGGUAGACAGACUACUUAUCAGAAUAAGCUAUGUAAAUCAAGCUAUUUAUGUUUGUUCCUGUAAUAUUAUGUUAUAUGACCCAAUGGGCAUUCAGUCCGGGGUUUUUUCCCUGCCUUGUAGCCUUUGGUCCCUGGGAUGAGAUCCAGACUCACCACUGACUGUAUACUGGAUGAGUGAUUAUGGAAAACUGAUGGAUGGAUGACCCAGUAAUUACAGAAAAGAAAAAAAAAAUGUACUGCUAGUUUGUAGCACAGACGGACAUGAAAGAUGCAGGUUGCAUAGUACCCUGACCUCUCAGGAAAUGAUUUUCACUUGUUUCCUGGCUACUGAGAAGGACAGGCGGACUGCCUGAUGUUACCGUGAAAUAGUGAUUCCAUCCCCAGGUGAGCAUCAGCAGCGUCUAUUGUCUUAAAGCUCCAGCGCUGUUUUUGCUAGCAGGAUUUUUAGCACAGCUGUGGCUGUCAUGCUAGGGUAGUAGGAGUAAAUAGUCGUGCGUGAGCAAAUCAUAUUGGUUUGCCUUGUAUAGCACCGAAGACUAAGCUGCCUUAGUUCUCAGUUAUCUUAGCUAAUGUCCAGGUAAGUGUUGAAUUAUCAUCAGCAACUGUGCAUCAUUUUUAUAACUGGGGUCGUGGUUGAACUGCACGUUCAUAUAUACAGUUUACAUGUCAAAGUGCAUUUGAUACGUUAGCAUGUGCCAAUACAUUAAGGACUGCACUGUAAUAUGCUAUGAGUGACUCACGAGGCCACAUUUAUGAGUACUGUGGUCUGUACAAAGUGCUACAUUCUCUGCCACGCGAGUGGACGAGCAAAAGCCUUUUGUGAACCUUUAAUUUAUUCCAAAAAUGUCUGAUUUACGCCUGCGAUGUGGUUGAAUAAACAAGCGAAAUCAAGCCAUGAGAAUUUAUACCAUCUUA